UCCGAUUCAUAGUUCGGACAAGGAAUACCCUCCCCAUCACCUAGGGAAAAAAAAAAUAUAAUGCAAGCACUUACUACUAUUUUCACAGCGCCAUCGUGGUGCCUGACUAGGUUUGCCGUAUAUAUCGACAAUAAUCCCUUUCAUUCCAGUACCCUAUCCCCUACAAGAGGAUGGGCCGAUCCGUCGUUCUCAAAAUGUGUGCCAAGCCAGUAUACCGAUCAACUACAAACCCUUAGCCCCGGCGUGUGUCCGAAUUAUAUGAGCAUCGCAAGAUCCGUCUACAACGUGAAUGAUGGCAAAACUCUCUGGACUGGAGGAUGUUGUCAAAGCGGGUUCUCCGACAUGUCCGGGUAUUUCUGUACCUCUACCGUCACUACGCCCAUGGCAUUUCUUCUCUUGCCGAAUAUUACUACAACGGACAUCUAUACCACACUCUCUGAUAUGUGGAUAGAGCAUGAACAGAUGACCGUUGAGUGGCAAGAGACCGAUCUAAAGAAUUUCCCACAGGAGAUCAUCACGGAUUACAAAUCAAUCAUGGGAAUCACGCUCGCUACUAUUACGGAUAAAAGUUCUACCUCGACGGUUACGACUCAUUCCGUUAGUGGAAGAACUUCGAGCACAGUAGCAACGUCAACAUCAACUACCACCGUUCCUAUACUUACCGUUAUUCCAAUAGAUGAUACAUCAGAGCCUACGAGUGGACCAGUUGAAACGCAUGCUAUAACCUCCACACAUACUCCGUCGUCGUCGGUAUCUUCAAGUGGUGGUGUUGUGCAUCCAUGGCGGAUUUCAGUUUUAUUGACCGUGUGCUUGGUAUGUUUCUGGAUAGUGUAGCGGCUGAAGAGUGAAUGCGAGAGGGUAAUAGUAGGUACUUGUAGUAGGUGGGCAAAGAUAUGUCUCCUUGAAAAUGCAAUGGUUGAUAACCUAGCUACUUCAACUUAAUCCAAAAUGCCUCAAUUUAUACGAUCAGUCAAGUAGCAUUUCACCUAAUCCUAAAUUCUAC